UUUAGUUUACAUCUAUCUAUAUCUAUAAUAAGUUCAUUUUGCAUUAACAAGAGCAGGUAUCGUCCCAUUUGGGAUAUCAUUGAUAGGAGAUGGCAUAAUCAGCUUCACAGACCCAUCCAUGCAGCAGCAUAUUAUCUAAAUCCAGCAUUCCAUUUCAGCCCUAAUUUCAAGGCGGAUGAGGAGGUUCUUAGUGGUCUGUACUCAGUCAUGGAGAAGAUGGCAGCUGCUGGUUGUACUCAGACCGAACUUAUUGGAGAGAUACAAUUGUUUUCAAAUGCUCAAGGGGGGAACUUCUCUCGUACUAUCUGCAAAGAAAGUAGGACAACUAUGAUGCCAAAUAAUUGGUGGAGCUUUUUUGGCCCAAAAACACCAAAUAUUCAGAAGUUGGCCAUUCGCAUUUUGAGCCAACCAUGCAGCGCAUUUGAUUGUGAGCGCAAUUGGAGUAUGUUUGAGCACAUACACUCCAAGAGGCGCAAUAGAUUAUCUGUGGAGAAGAUGAACGAUCUUGUCUUUGCUCACUACAACCUCCACCUCAAAAUGAGAAGGAAUGCAUUGGCUGACAUCACCCCUAUCAUUCUAGAUGAGGUUGAUCCUGAAGCCGAGUGGGCCUCUGAGACAGAACCUGUCUUUAGUGAGGACGACAUUGAUUGGGUCGACUAGGUAGAUGCAGAGGCUGAGGCUGUAGCCAUGGCAGAGGAGGAGCGUAGAACACAAGCAGAGACAAUAGAGUCAGAGGUAGACAGUGACACAUAGAUUUCUGAUGUUGGUGAGGUGGCAUGGUGUCACGGGGAGAGGCUAUGGCUGUUGAAUCAUCCAAGACCUACCUUAGACGCCUUCGCAAGGGGCCAGGGCUGGGGCUGGGGGAUGCAGGCUCCUCUAAGCCAUAGGCUUGUAGUUGUUUUUAC